CCGCGGGGGCCACUAAGGGAGCAGCGUCGGCUUCAAAGGUUGUGACUGCAGAAUGUGCUCCUCCCCCUGGAACCAAGUGGAACCAUUUUGAACUCUCCGGUACCUUUGGGACAUUGGGCACAGAAUGCCGGGGAGCAAUUCCCUAGAGGACGACCCCUUUGACUUCCUGUUUAAGAUCAUCCUCAUUGGGGACUCCAACGUGGGGAAGACUUGCGUGGUGCACAGGUUCCAGUCGGGGGUCUUCGCUCAUAAUCAGCAGAACACGAUCGGGGUGGAUUUCACCGUCAGGAACAUGAACAUUAAUGGGAAGAAGGUGAAGGUGCAAGUGUGGGACACUGCCGGGCAGGAAAGGUUCCGCACCAUCACCCAGAGCUAUUACCGUAGCGCCCACGGCGCCAUCAUCGCCUACGACAUCACCCGCCGCCAGUCCUUCGAGUCGGUGCCGCACUGGAUUUACGAAGCUGAAAAAUACGGCGCCGCCAACCUAAUGAUGAUGCUGAUUGGGAAUAAAUCGGACCUGGCGGAGAAGAGGCAGAUCCUGUUCGAGGAGGCUUGCACUCUAGCGGAGAAGCACGGGCUGCUGGCGGUGCUGGAGACCUCGGCCAAGGAGUCCCACAACGUGGACGAGGUGUUUCUCCUGAUGGCCAAAGAGCUCAUCGCCCGCAACACCUUCCACUACCACAGCGAGAGCCCCCGCAACAGCUUCAUGCUGGAUUCCAAGCCCGUCCUCGCCCCCCCGGAGCCGGACAAGAACUGCCUGUGUUAGUAAAUCCGGCCGGGGGCGGCCCUCCUGCUGCUCCGCCUCUUAAUCCCAUGGAGUAAAGGGCAAGUUGCACAGCAACCGGACUACUUUUUCUAAAUACGUACCUGCAUCGAGCUCACCCAGGGACCUGAGUGUUUAUACGAGACGGACAUUAAGGAGUUAACCUUCAGUAUGAUGUAGAGAGUGAUAUUCUGAGACAUUUUGCAGUUGGUCUUCAUUUUUUAUUAUUUGUAGUUUUUUAGUUAUUUCAUUUUCAGUUCAGCAGCUCUUUGGUUGCUAAGGUCCAAGUUACCUUAGCAACCAGGGAGUGGUUUGGAGGAGAGGCUGGUAUAUGAAUAAGGGAGGGGCUGAAUAGAAAGAUAAGGAAUAAAAAGUAACAAUAACAAUAAAACUGGAGCCUCACAGAGCAAUAGGUUUUUGGUUGCUAGGGUCCAAGUUACCUUAGCAACCAGGCAGUGGUUUGGAUGAGAGACAGGAAUAUGAAUAGGGGAGGGGCUGAAUAGAAA